AGUGGGAGCUGACAGCGUCACACUGAAUUUCCAAAUAUAUAUAAAGAUUUUGUUUAGACGUGGAAAAGCAAACCAAAUGGCAUUGCCCCUGACCCUGAGAGUAACCGCAGGAUUCUCUUUGCCAAGUUGCAGAAAAAUGACUUCGAAUCCCACUUUCAACACCCACAGGAGUUGCAUAGCCUUCGCCGCGACCUCCCAGAAUAUUGAUAGAAAGCUGCCCAUAUUGCUCUUUGAUAUCAUGGACACUAUCGUUCGAGACCCUUUUUACAACGACGUCCCUCCCUUCUUCGGAAUGUCUUUCGAGGAACUGAUAGAAAGCAAACACCCAACUGCGUGGAUUGAGUUUGAAAAGGGGUUGAUUGAUGAGAUGCAGCUGUUCAAAAAAUUCUUCAAAGAUGGAAGACCUUUUGAUUUGGAAGGGCUUAAAAAUUGUAUGAGGAAAGGAUACUCCUACAUAGACGGUGUUCCAGAGUUGCUUUAUGAUUUAAGACAAAAUAACUAUGAGAUGCAUGCUUUUACAAAUUAUCCCAUCUGGUACAAAAUGAUUGAGGAGAAAUUAAAAAUCUCAACGUACUUAUCCUGGACAUUUUGUUCGUGUAUAUCUGGAAAGAGGAAGCCUGAUCUUGAUUUCUAUCUAGAAGUUGUGAGACAUCUUAGUGUUGAUCCAGCAAGCUGUGUUUUCAUUGAUGACAGGUUGACAAAUGUAAAGGCUGCAACUGAAGUUGGCAUUGUUGGCCUUCAUUUCAAAAAUGCACAUACGCUGCGUGAAGAUCUUGCUCGGAUAGGGGUUAACGUUUCAGCAGAUGAACAUAUAAGGCAUGAUUAACUAAAGCAUUGGAACGAACACAAAUAUUCAUCUCUGAGUUCAUCAUCUUAACACUUUUCCUUUUUUUUUUAUAUUAAAAAAAAAAACUAUCAGUGCAAUUGAAACAGCUGGGUUCGAACUGGCCCAAAUAACUUUUGGACCCACUUCCCACUUGGUCCAAAAUGAUUAACUCAAAUUAUUUAGUAAUUUUGUGUUAAUUAUUA